CAUUGUUCCUCAACUUUUCAGUCUUCAAGAGGUGCGGACGAAGGAAGAGUGUUGAACUGAACGGAAAUCCCCUUCUCUAAUCCAAAAGUCCUGAGAAAUCUAAGCUUCAAAUACUUGCAGGAGCUACGAGCAGAUGGAGAGAAUUCUGAAGGUGUACGUCUACGAGGAUGGAAACCGACCCCUUUGCCACACACCUGUGCUCCGCGGCAUUUACGCCUCCGAAGGAUGGUUCAUGAAGCUGAUGCAGGAAAACCAGCAGUUCGUGGUGAAGGACCCCGAGAAGGCCCACCUGUUCUACCUCCCAUAUAGCUCGCUCCAGCUUAGAACUCAUCUUUACGUCCCCAACUCGCAUAGUUUGCAGCCCAUAUCCAUCUUUCUCAGGGACUACGUGAACUCGAUCUCUGCUAAGUAUCCAUUCUGGAACAGGACGAAAGGGGCAGAUCAUUUCCUCGUUGCCUGCCAUGACUGGGCACCUUACACAACAAAGCUUCACAACGAGUUGCGACAGAACACGAUCAAAGCAGUGUGCAACGCAGAUGCUUCCGAGGGGAUCUUCGUCCCCGGAAGAGACGUCUCCCUUCCUGAGACGCACAUCAGAACGCCCAAAAGGCCAGACAGCGACAUUGGAGGAAGACCUGCGUCCGAGAGGUCUAUUCUGGCGUUCUUCGCAGGACAAAUGCACGGCCGCGUCAGACCGAUCCUGGUCGGACAAUGGCGGGGGAGAGACAAGGACAUGAGGAUAUACGAAGCUCUGCCGGCGGACAUCGCAAGAAAGAUGUCGUACGCCGAACACAUGAGGUCGAGCAAGUAUUGCAUCUGCCCCAUGGGGUACGAGGUGAACAGCCCGAGGAUCGUGGAGGCCAUCCAUUACGAGUGCGUGCCGGUGAUCAUAGCCGACAACUUCGUGCUGCCGUUCCAGGAGGUGCUCGACUGGAGCGCGUUCUCCGUGGUGGUGGCGGAGAAGGACAUACCGAGGUUGAAGGAGAUACUGCUAGGAAUCGGUGAAGAGCGGUACAUGACGAUGCAGAUGAACGUGAAGAGGUUGCAGAAGCAUUUUGUGUGGCAUGGGAGGCCGAGAAAGUACGAUCUGUUUCACAUGAUACUGCACUCCAUUUGGUAUAAUAGACUGAACCAAAUCCCCGUCCAAUAACAUUACAUACCAUUCGUUUCAUCCUUAUAUAUAGUUACUGUAAUAUAUGUUACAAUUCAUUGAAUUUUUUUUUGUUUUUUUUCCAAAACUACCUCUAUUUUCACAUUGUAAACAAUCCUAAUUGUAUCAGCUUUUAUACAACUCAUGUUUCUUAUGCAAAUUGUAUCUAACGAUCCAAUAAAUAUAUUGCGCGAAUCAUAUCCAUCAACUGAUAAACUGAUACAUAUCGUCCGAGAUGAUACAUCAUCUUUUCACAUAUUUUGAAGUUUAUAGAGUUAUUACAACCAAAUUUAUUGACCUUAUAAGUGACAUUCUCACUUACCAAAUAUCAAGAUCCUAGACAUCAUGUAGUAGAAUCAGCAGAUUCAUCUAAAAAUUUUACUAGCUUUCGCACCUACAGUGAUACCAAUCACGGUUCUAAAUUUCAUAUACUAAUCGCACGGCAAGGGGCGUUAAGUCAAACUUGAACCAUAUGGGUUGGUCCGUAACCAAAACCGAAUCCGACAUUGGGGUAAAAAUCAUCAGAUUCAUCUGAACGUAAACAAAUGGCUUCACUGUUCCCUGCUUCAAUGAAUUAAUAAGCCUCGAUUCAUCGAAUCAACUUUCUUGAAGCAGAGUGGGGACCUAUUUGUUUAUGUUCGUCCAAAGUUUGAUGCCAAAGCAUGCCAACAUGUAAAUAAAUAAUCCCUGUUUUGGAACAGAAGAGUAAACAAAGCCAAGAGACUGGGGAAGGUAGGGAGGAGAGCACAAGCAAAACUCCUGUUCCUAACCCUAUAAUGUGACUAUCAUCAACUCAUGUUUUAAAGCUUCUUAGUAACCUAGAAACAGAUCUAAGCUAAAUCAAAGAGACCCUAUGUGCUGCAACAAAGCUAAGUUACAUAAGCAAAUGUUCCUACUUUUUCUGGGAAGUAAACAAGCUAUUUUUCACUGGAGAAAAGCCUCUCGGGAAGUCCAAACCAGUUGUAUAUCAUGAUGAUUUACCAAAAGAAAAAGGAAGCAAAGUGUUUUUUGUUGAAGUUUUACUGCAGAGUAUCCCAAAUUCUGAAAAUCCAUGAAAUGUUCUAAAAAAGUGAGAUAACGACCGAUGAACCGAUUGAAAUAAUUUAUGAUGAAUGAAUCAAUCUCAUUUAUGAGGGAAAAACUAGAAAAAACUAUACUAAUUUAGAACAAAUUACACUAAUCAUAAACCGAGUAGUUGCACUCAGUAAACAUCACUGGUUCAUUCAUUGCCGACCGGUUCAACCUGUUCAGACUAUUAUGGACCGAACAUGUCUCAGUUGUUGGGAGUGUUUCUAAAAUUUUUAGAAUUAAGGACAUUCUGCAGUAAAUUU